UAUGAUCCCUCAUCAGUCCCACCACAAAACUCCAAGGUCCAACUUCUAAGUUAGCGAUCUGUCCCAGUCAGAGACAGUCCUUUCUGACCAGGUCAUCAGAUCAGUAACUUAACUAAACAAAGAUGGGAGACUUGGGAUUUCUGUCAAAAUUGCUGGACCAGGUCCAGUCCCACUCGACGGUCAUCGGGAAGAUCUGGAUGACGGUCCUGUUCCUGUUCAGGAUCAUGGUUUUGGGUGCGGGUGCCGAGAGUGUCUGGGGUGACGAGCAGUCGGAUUUCACCUGCAACACUCAGCAACCUGGUUGCGAAAACGUCUGCUACGACUGGACUUUCCCCAUCUCGCACAUUCGCUUCUGGGUCCUCCAGAUUAUCUUUGUCUCCACACCAACCCUGAUCUAUCUGGGCCACGCCAUGCACAUCAUCCACCAGGAGACAAAGCUGAGGGAGCGUCUGUCGAGCCCCGGUGGGAACCAGGGGUGCAAGCAGCCUAAAUACACAAACGAAAAGGGAAAGGUGAAGAUCAAGGGGAAUCUGCUGGGGAGCUACCUGACCCAGCUCAUAUUCAAGAUCAUCAUUGAGUCCGCCUUCAUCAUAGGCCAGUACUACCUGUAUGGCUUCGUCAUGGUCCCCAUGUUCCCCUGUUCUAAGAAGCCCUGUCCCUUCACCGUGGAGUGCUACAUGUCCCGACCCACGGAGAAGACCAUCUUUAUCAUUUUCAUGCUGGUGGUGGCCUGCAUCUCCCUGGUCCUCAACGUCAUUGAGGUGUUCUACCUGAUUUGUUCCAGGGUUAGAUGUGGGUCCAGGGCUCGCACUCAUAAGAUGACCUCAGCUGAAAACCCCGCCAGCCUGUCGUCUCACAGAUGGCCGACUGAAGAUGAUUCACUCAAGCAAAACAAGAUGAACAUAGAGCUCGAGACCAGCCAGAGCAUCGGUGGAAGUCUGGAUGGGGCCAAAGAGGAGAAACGACUACUGAGUGGUCAUUAAAUGAGUUCUCCCCUAUGGGUCCUUGUUCAGAUAAAAAGACUGAAGUGAAGAGUUCUUACAAUGUGGUGUACAAAUCUUGAAGCUUUAGCAUUGUGUAGUUAAGUGAUAUUCUUACUCCCCUUGCUGGGGGUAUAUUUUGAAUUCUUUAACUGGAAAUCUAACAAUGGAAAGCGUGCAAUAUUGAUAAUGUAUUUAUGUUCUUUGAUAAUCUACAAGUGAGCAGAAUUUCUGCCCUGUUAUUGAAUGUGUCCUUUAAGUUAUUGCCAUGUUCAUUAUCUAGGACUUGAAAUACUUGAUUUGCUCAAUGAUGAUGAUGAUGAUGAUGAUGUUGAUGAUGAUUGUGGUGAAGAGUCUCUUUCUACUCUAUAUGGUAGAAACAUUUUUGUAUGCUGUAUUAUUUUUAAUAAAUGAUUCAAGUUGGAUAAAAAAAACA